CAACCAUCGUCGUUCUUUCACGUCACCCGGUGCUCUCCCUCAGCAAUGAGCCCCUCCGUGAGACCGGGCAGCCGGGAUGAAGGUUCUAGUGUGACUGCACCCGAUGAAACAACACCUCUGCUUGCUGCCAGCAUCACUGCACCUGUCCCGCAGUCUGCCGAAGUCGAGCAAUCCCAUGAAGAGCGGAUUCAUCCAGCAGAACAAAACGAUGAAGAUGCCCCGAUCCCCAAAUUCCAGAUCUUUCUGCUCAGCUAUGCAAGUCUUGUGGAGCCAGUCGCUUUCUUCUCGAUUUUUCCUUAUAUCAAUUCCAUGAUCAACAAUGUUGGAGGGAUUGAUACGGAAGAUGUUGGGUUCUAUUCUGGAUUGAUAGAAAGCUUGUUUUCGGCCACACAAAUGUGUGUCAUGGUAUUUUGGGGAAAAGCCUCGGACCGCUUUGGAAGGAAACCCGUUCUCUCCAUCUCCUUGUUUGGGAUCGCAAUUACUACUGCGCUAUUUGGAUUGAGCACCGCUCUAUGGCAGAUGAUUCUUUUCCGCUGCCUGGCCGGUGUAUUUGCUGGUACCGUGGUGACUGUUCGGACAAUGCUUUCGGAAAACUCGACCCCAAAGACACAAGCCAGAAUAUUCAGUUAUUUCGCUUUUGCAAGAAAUCUAGGGCUGCUGCUUGGACCGAUCAUUGGCGGAGCAUUUGAACACCCGGCAGACAAGUUCCCUUCUAUGUUUGGUCGAGCUCAAUUUUUCCACGACUUUCCUUAUGCAUUGCCCGGCUUCGUCAGUGCGCUGGUCCCACUGACAGCCACUUUCUCUUCAUCUAUCUUUAUCAAAGAAACUCUUAAUGUCAGGAAAUCAAAGGACACGCCCAACAAAGAACCGAUGUCUACCUGGGAGCUCAUCAACUAUCCAGGCAUCCGACAAGUCCUCUUCAUCUUCAACUACGUCAUGAUGCUAGCCAUGGGAUUCACCGCCAUCUUUCCCGUAUUCAUGUUUACAACUAUUCCUCUUGGUGGGCUCGAGCUUUCUCCUGGAUGGAUCGCCACCUUUAUGAGCGUGGGCGGAUUAGCCCAGUCCCUCUGGCUUCUUGUCGUAUUUCCCUGGUUGCACAAGCGUGUCGGUACUGAGGGCGUUGUCAAGUUCAGUGCCGUUGUAUGGCCAUGCUUUUUCGCCAUUGAUCCCCUAUGCAAUCUUUUCUUGCGUCGCGGUUUAAAGCCCCUGUUUUGGACGGUCUUUGGUAUCAAUAACGUGGUUGGUUGCGGAGUCGCAAUGGCUUUUGCUGCGGUCCAGUUAGCAGUUAACGACAUUGCGCCUUCACCCGAGACCUUGGGUGUACUUAACGCUAUUGCGCUCGGCCUCCAGAGCGGACUUCGGGCUAUCAUUCCCGCUUUAUCGACCAGUUUAUAUGCGACUGGUGUCAAAUAUCAUAUUCUCGGGGGCCAGUUCUUCUGGGCCAUCUUGGUGGUUGCGGCUCUUGGCUUGAGUUUGGUUAUUCGAAUCCUGCCUGAAAAGCUGAAAGGCAAACCCAAGAGUCGCGAGAACGGAACUGCAUGA